AUGGGACCGCAAAACCCCCCUGCCAGCUAUGGAACCGAUGGUGCCACACCACCUGUCCUACCAGCGGCAUCGUUCAAUGUUUCCAUUAUUUUUGAAUGGGCAGCGCUUCUACCACUAGCUAUAUAUCUUGCUCGCAGUCGGCUGCCGCACCAGUUAGUAGGCCAGGCUGCUUUGGCCGGUCUCAUCGGCGUCGGCCUGUUUCCUCGCCUAGGCGUUCUGGGAACCAUUGCCGAUUUCCUUCAGCAAGAUCAGGAGUUUCUCGAUUGUGCCUCGUCCGUUAGUGAGAUGCGCCAUAUGGUUUGGGAUGCAAAUUGGGGCAGCAUCUUUCCCUGUGCCAACGGGGCGGCGGCGGCGAUGCUCAAUUCUUAUGUCCUUCGAAACGUCAAAACACAGCUUGCGCCGGAACACCUACCGAAACCUUUAUCUAGGACGUCGUCUCAAUCUUCCAGUCCCGGUCGUAAAUCUAAUUCAAGCGGUAGUACACCCUCUACAAACGAAACGCCAGGUCCAGGUUUCCGUCGCUACCAAACGCUACACAUUCUUCAUUUCUCCGACUCAACGACGCCUAACACAAGGCCCUUAAAGCAUAAAAUUACCUCUUCUUAUUCUUGGGCGAUCUUUUUCGAAGCGUCAGGAUUGAUCGUGUUGCUUGGCGUCAGCAUCAUCUGUAUCCUCUAUGGCCUAUAUGGAACAGCUGCUGCCGUCGUUCUCACUAUUCUAUUCAGAAUUUCCAGGCAGCUGAUUACAAUCGAGCGGCCUGCUGGAUAUCUCCACAAUAAUGAAGGGGAUCUCCCUGGAUGCAUGCUUAUGGCUCUCCAUGAAAAUGCUUCGACGUGGUAUCUUUACGUCGGUUCUCGCGGCACUAUUGACACUGUGCUGAAUAAGACCAUGAUCCAAAGUAUCAGGUCGCCUUUGAAUGGUUGGCUAGCUCAUGGUUUACGUGGCCUUGAAGUUCUACAGCUCAUUAUAAUGAGCUAUGUAGCCGCUCAAAAAGGAUGGGAUGGCAUUGCUUUGCUAUGCCUUAUACUCGCGGCUUGGAUUUUCGAUUGGAUAGUCUACAGCGACCAACGAGUAGCAGGGCUAUGGCUACAACGCGAGGGAAUUACUGUGAAAGCGCAGAGCCUUAAAUUCGGAGGCCGGACGCCGAUGAUUGGCUUGAUCCACGCUUUAAGCAACAAGAAAGUGACAUCCUGGAUGGACGGGAUCAUUUCUUCCUCAGAUCGGCGCGCUGCGUGGCUGCAGAAGUUAGGAUCACAAAACGUCGAGCCGGAACUCGAGCAGCAGCUCAGUCAACGUGAUAAGGAAUGGGUCGAUUUAAACGAAACGUUGACACGCGCAGCAUUAGAAGCUACAAAAGACAUUGGAAAUAGCACAAAUGAUGUUUGA